AUGACAUCGGUAGCGUUUGACAUUGGUAGCUGCUUUACCAAGGUCUAUUUUGGCGGUGACCUCCCUGGCAGACGCGUGUUUGAGACACCCGUAGGUGUUCGGCAACUCAAGCAGCGCUUUGAUUUGACAUCGACGAGUAUGGUGUUGGAUUCGUUCCUGAGAAGGUUGUGCUCCACUGCGAGUAUACUCGCGUGUUGUAAGGAGAUUGAAGUACUAGUUUCACCUGGCGAUUCCACUUUGUUUGCGCAGUAUGUCUCGCGUUGGUUUGCUUCAGCCUCGUGGAAUGGAGUGUCAAGAGUUGUAGAUGCCUUUUCUUGGUUGCUGGAGGCGCAGGGGGCGAACGACGGUUGCGUGGUGGACAUUGGUUACCAAGCCACCCGCGUUGUUCCCAUUCUCUCUUCGAUCCCGGUGGUAGAGGCCAUUGCCCUUGGGAGUGGCAUGCGAGAGUUACUUGCCCUGACGGUGGAGGGGUGGGCGAGUUCGCCUGAGGCCGCUUCAGCGUCAACAUCGCCGCAGCCUUUAGUGGCGGAGGUGUCGCAGUGCAUACUCGCGAUUCUUGAAGAAGCUGUGAUGCAUUGCAACAGGUAUACGCAGCGGCCUUUUGUCUGCGGCCUGUUUCUCCUCACCGGAGGUGGAGUGGCAGUGGAGGGAGUAGUGGGGAGAAUUCACAGCAGUCUCCAGAAAAGGUGGCCCAACUCCCGCCUGCUUGUCCUUGACACGGCCUCUCCUCUCUGUUGGAGUCCAACCUCCAGUUCUUGA